GUCGUCUAAAAAAGCAAGCUGCAAAGAUAUGGCUGCUUUCAGAGGCUGCUCGGCAGGGCUGGAGGUGACCUUGCACGAAGAAGCGCGGUGGGAAAGGCUGAUACAAUAUUGAUUUAAAGAGGGACACUGCAAAAGCAGCCCAGCGGCGGUUUUGGGGAUGCUCCUCAAUCCCAGCUGAUCGCGCCCCGCUUCCCUGCUGCCUCCUGCGUUCGGGCCAGCGAAAGCUCCCACACCAGCGCCUCAGUUUCGCAGCGUGGAUAUUGCCCUGGGUUGCUCCUACGUGAUGGAAGAUGUAAGAGGCUUGCCACGGGCUUUCAGCGGCUCGUCCUCCGAGAAUCCUGCUACCCUCGUGCUGAGGGGUAUCAGCAUCAGAGAUGACGGGAACCUGGAUGAUGUGAAUGAGUACAAAGUCCCGCAGGAAAAUCCUGACUACUCUUCUCCCAUUAUCUUUGAAACCUCAGCCCAGUCGAUAUCCAUCCCAUAUGCAGAGUCCCUCCUGCAUGCGGAAUGUGAUGGGGCAGAGGUGAACUGCGAGAUCUUCCCAUACAGCUCCCAGCAGGCUGGUGAGGCACCCUGCCGUACCUCCUGGUUCAUGGCCACCUUGCAGCUCUCCAGUGGGAUCAGUGUCACCCUGGUGCUCCAAAGUCCCCACUGCAGCAGCCAGGAGGAGGAGCAUGAUGCAACACUGCACCCAAAGCUGAGGAUUCCUAUGAGCAAGGAGGGGACAGUGCUGACCACAGUUGAAUUUCAAUCAUCAUCACGCAACACUUCCUUGUACACGCAUCUUGGCAGCUCAGUCACCCUCGACUGCCGCUUUGCCUUGGCUCCCAGCUCCUCAUUCUCCUCCCUGGAGUGGAGGAGGCAGCACCGAGGCAGCGGUCGUAGCCUUUUCCAGUACCAGGUAGGGAGCACAGGCCCAGCAGUCCAGCCAAAAGUCCAUGUGGAUGUGGCAGAGCUUCUGGGGAGUGGAGACGCAUCGCUUAGCCUGCAAGGAGUGAGCGUGGGAGAUGAAGGGACGUACAUCUGUUUGGUGUCCACUCUACUACACCAGGCACAGCAUAUCAUCCAGUUGCAUGUGGCUGAGCCUCCAAGAGUUCGUCUUGUUCCAGAAGUGGUGUCAUUCGAGAGAGGUGUGACAACCACUCUGACCUGCAACAUUGCUGGCUAUUACCCCCUGGAUGUCUCGGUGAGCUGGACACAGAAGACUCCUGAGGAUGACAUGGAAAUCCCUCUCUCAAACGCACGUUUCUCCAGCCACCGGCAAAGCCGAGAUGGCACCUACAGCAUCACCUCCUACCUCAGCAUCAGCUCAGCCACAGCGCAGGCACCAGCCACCUACAGCUGCCAUGUGUCACACAUGACCCUGGCAGAGCCCAUCUCUGUGAGUGCCCAUCUUAAGGCACCAGAGCAAACGGGAUCGGAAGGACUGGUGGGGGGUUUCAUUGCUACCAUCAUUUUCAUCGUUGUCCUCUUCAAUGUGCUCAAGAGAAGAGCAGCUGAACAAAAGUCUGAGCAACUUCUAAGGGCUUCAGAAUAGAGGAAACCCUUGUGUCACCCACCUGCAGUCCUUUGUCUCCCACCUCUUGACACAUCCUGCUCAGGAGACCUAGCCCUGUCCAAAUAUUAACAGAGCUAUUGGUUGGCGUGGGAGGGUUAGGGCUGCCCUUGGAGGAGGAGCUGAGUGACCAACUGUUCAGAGGUGGACUCACAGGAAAACAUGUCUUCAUCCUGGGAGGGCAACAUCGAUAGCCUCAGCUCUUUGCUGGGAUGAUGCAUUACAGGCAACAUGCAUCCAUUUUUAGAAAUGCCUCUUCUCUGGUUUCAGGGAAAAUUGUAUAUGUGUUUGUAUGACUGUAUAUAUGUAUGUAUGUGUAUGUGAUGUAAAUAGGUAUGCAACAUUUACACGUGUAUACAGGUAUGGAUCUGUAGAUGUAUAUAGGUACAUUUGGUUAAUGCCUAUGAGGUAGGUGUUCAAGAUACUUAGGUAUGUGUGAGUUUUAACUGUGAAGUUGGGCAAAUAUGUAGGCAAAAUUGGUACUUCGAAAUGGUAAGUCCUCAAACAAAGGAAGUUAUGGGUUAAACUUAUCGCAAAUUACACAAUCAGAACAAUGCGUCUCUCCAGGAGGAAGCUACAAUAAAAUUUUUAAUAGAAAUUUCACUGCUAGAAGUUCACAAGAUGAAGAUCUGUGGUUCUGUAGUUGUGAAAAAGAUAGAUAUGAUUAAACACUUUUCCUGCCUAACAGGGAAUUUAAAGGUAACACUUAGAAAUCUUGUAUAUAACCAACAGGGGAAAAAAGAGCAGAAGGAAGGCGUGGAUGGAAAGGAGAUAUAUGGCACACAAUAAAAGUGAGAAUUUAUGAAGCAUACAAGGUGAUAAGGAGUGUUCAACAUAAUCUGGAAAAACUGGAUUGCUGCAAGUCCUAAUGGCACUUGGAAGGAGUUUUUUCAAAAUACCCUGAAAACCAAGAAAUGCUAACAACAGCCUACACUCAUACUGGGCAGAUAUAGAUAAAACUGUUGAUAGAGAAGAUUCCUGAUGGAGGCUUUUUGAUACAGGAAAGAUAUAAGUUUGUAUACAGAAAGAAACAGAAUUGUGUAUUCAUACUACAUGAAGAUGGUAACUUCCUAAUCUAUUUGCAAACUAAGGUUUUAACAGCAUCUCUAAUGUGUAAGUAUUUUCAGGUCAGUAGCUAAUAGAAUUUAUAUCUCAGAGUCAUAAAAGAUUUGGCUGAGGAGGAACCUGGCCUAGUGGAGUUAGGUAUUUAAAAAUCCUGACAUACUGCAGAAAUCCCAAGGUCUUAGAAGAGCAUGUUGUGCCAGUGUUCACAGAGAGAAAGCGAGAUGGCACCAAUGACUGUUAGAUCGUUCCAUAGUAAUAAUCAUAGGUAAGAGGGUGUGAAGUUAUUACAAGUUAGCUAGAAAAGGCCUCAACAAUGGAAAUUACAUUAAUAAUUUAGUAUGUUUAAAAAAAAAAAAGUUGUGAGAAACCUGACUUCAUUCUUUGUCAAAAUAUUAUAUGUGGUUGAUAAAAGCACUGGUGCAGAUUUAACAAACCAAGAAAUGUGUAAAUUCUGAAGAAAAAAUAAUAGUGUAUGUAUAUAUCCUAAUUUGCAUUAUAUGGAUUAAUUACCAGCUGACAAAUGGCAAAAAUUCGUUGUCCAAAAAGAAGCAGCAAUCACUGCUGAAAGUGUGUGCCUCUCUGCAAGACCUGUGCUGUUUAAUAUUUGCAAUAUUACAAGUGCAGGAGAUACAACUGUAAAAAAUAGAGUUGAUAAAAUUUGCAAAUGGCAA